GGUUCCCAAGAGGGAGGAAGGGGGGGGGGGGCGAAAGAAAAAUGGCUGUCUAGCGAAAAUCGAGAAAUACGAAAGACGAACGAGUGCGCGAUGAUCGAAUGUGAACUCGAAUUAUUGGAUUUUUUUUUAACGAAUUAAUAUUGGAAGAACGAACGAAAUGCUAAACGAAAUGACAAUGUACGCUUUGAAACCGAUCGUUUCUUUGCCACGAAUGUUGCAUCGCACAAAAGUGAUGUACGAAAUGCGAAAUAUUCACGAGGAACGAUCAAGAGACGACCAUACGGAAGCCGUGGACGAGACUGUGCCUGAUAUCACUGAGCAGGUUAUCAGCUUUUUGAAGAGUCCAUUACCGGAAUAUAAUGCGUUGGAAAUGAGACAAGAGAAAAUAUUAGCUCAACUUGCUGAACUCAAGAAACAAGUAUCAAUGUUGUCUAAUUUACUGAAGCAAACAAAUCAGGCUGUUACAACUGAUAAAUGUCCUGAAUAUCAGGAGCCAGUUAGUAUAAAUCUUAUUACCAAUGUGAAUCCAAAAAGGCCACCUUAUUUUAUAUCAGCAUUGCAAAAGGUGUGGAAGGAUACUGAUAUUAAAGUACAAACUUAUGUUCAUUCGAGUAUUAUUGGAGAAGUGCCCACAGUCCAUCAAGAAACUAACAAUUCUCCUAAAAACUAUGUUGUAAACUUAUCAUUGAUCUGGAAAGAUGUUGAAGAUCUUGAACUUGUAUGUGGCCUGCAUGGUUACCACAUAACCGGUGAAACGAAUUUUUUAAAAUAUGUAAGUAGGUUAUUAAAUUCACACAAUUACGAAAAUUCCGACUGUGUAAAAGUGGUAAAUACGAUCGACUUGAUAUUAGAUUUGUGUCACAGUAUACAAUUUCAAGAAUCGUUAAAAAAGAAAGAAGAAGUAUUGUCAUCGAUAGUUGAUAAGUUAGAUAGAAAUUGGUCGAACAAAGAAAAGCCAGAUAUAGCAGAUAUUGCUGUGUGGUGUAUAAUUAAACAAGUAUUUCCUGAAAAAUGUCCACAAAAAUUGAAGAAAUGGUUUAAUGCAUGUGAAAAACAUUUUGUAUAAAUAAACAUCUAUUGAAUCAAAAUCACUGUUGGCACGAGUACUUUCUUUUUACUUCUAAUUUUGACAAAUUUCGAAGCAAACUAUUGGCCAAAAUGACGAAAAAACAUUAUCGAAAAAAUUACAUAAAUUUUAUUAAAAGAUUAACAUGUAUUUGAAAUUUCUUGUACAGGUAUAUUAUAAUUCCAAAUGCACUUUGAUGUAUUAAAUAUGAUGAUUAAAUAUGUUAUCGAUACAUAGAAAUGCAUGUAGAAAUACUUUUAUUCUUGAACUGAAAUGUUUAUUGGCAGUGUUUCAAAAAUGUUUCAAUUUCAUAAUCUCGGGGAGAAAAAAUAAUGUUCCGCUAUGACACAGGACGGUACUGAUCGAUGACUGAUACCAGUAAAUAGUAAAAUUAACCCUAUAUAAUUUGUGGAAACUAGAAAACAAGUUUUUUAGUACCAAGAAAUAAUGUCAUGUAAUAAAAUAUAAGAAUACAGAUCUUUUUAAAAGCAAAUGUUUACCAAAUAACUUGCAAUCUAGUUUAUGACACAUAUUAAUUACGGUUUUCAGAUAGUA